GAAGUUCAGAUCAGUGGGGCUUAGGUGCUGUGUACAAAAAGCUCUGCAUGUUUACAGGCCUGUUUGCUUCCUUGUAGCUCUGUGGUGGCAGUGGGAUUGCCCAGACAUCACUCGGCUGGUAACACCUUCACCGUCCUCCUGCGGGCAAGAGCUUGGGCUACCAUCUCUGAGCUGUAGACCUCUAACCUCAGCAUCCUGAUUUGGUGCCGCCUUUGGGAAGAUGAAUCAGAACAGUGACUCAAGUGAUCAGCCCACUGGCCAGGACCCACUCCUAUUGCUGAAAACCCUUCAGCUUCUCUGGACAAAGAAAGAGAUGAAGAAGCAGCUCAAGGAAGAAAUCAGGCGGGGCUUUGCAGGACUGGAAGACCCAUUGGCAGGACUCCUGGACAUGCUGGAGAGCAGCAGUGAUUGGAAGGGGAAAGGGCAUUCCCUUGGGUAUUACAUCACCACUGAGCUGCAGCUUUGGAUAAAAGAGCAUCCUGCUGUUCAACAGUCUGGCAUCAAGCUGGAGAAGCUACAGGCCCGUGUACUCAGAAUACUAGCCCAGUGCCCAGCUAAUCUUCUUGACCCUCUGAUUAGCAUUUACCAGCUCCAUACAGCAGACCGGAACUAUUUGCUUGGACAUGUCAGUCAUCUUUAUCACAAGGGCGAUUACAAAGAGGCAGCCAUACUGAGUAUUAAGCUAAAAUUACAGCCAGAUCAAGAUGUGGAGAAGAUGUGUACACCACUACUGCUCCAAGAUAAAACAAACUUGGUGGAAGAUUAUGUGGGAGAAUAUCCUGAGCUCCAGAGCAAGCUCUUGCACAUCCUGGACACGUGGUGUGAACCUGGUUUUAAUAUCAGAGACAUCACAAGCCAAUAUCAAGGCCUGUCCAGGUACAAACCAGAUAAAUUUAACCGCAAAAUGCUAAGCAAGCUGGUCUUCAGGCUCCUAGACCGAUUUAACGUAGAUCCAGCUCUCUGCCCUAAUGUCAUAAAUCAGCGGCACUUGAGAACUCUGAAUUACCUCUUUUACAAGAGGUUUGUUGAGAAAACCAUGACUCAGGAGAAUUGGACAGAUCAUGUUCAGAGCACAGUUGGAGAGAAUCGAUGGCUUCAAGGGCACCUGAUACAGUUGCUAAUCCAUUACUGUGAUUUGAACACAGCAGCAAGAUGGGCACAACGCUGCAAUUUGCCCAAGGAGGUGCUGCCUUAUGGAGUGGCUGAUGAGCUUCAAAAGCUUCAGAUCCAAGAGAGGGUAGAAGAUGCCUCAAAAGCAGAUAAUUAUGAAGAGAGUAAGAAGAAGGACUAUUACCAGCUUCCUAUUCCACGGGCAAAUAUUCACUUCCUGCAAACUUGGGAAGAGAUGCUGCAGUGCUGGGAAAAGGUGCUGCAGCCUGGGCAGGUCGUUGGCAUCGACAUGGAGUGGAGGCCUUCGUUCGGUAUGGUCGGGAAGCCCCGUGUCUCCCUCCUUCAGAUGGCUCUGAAGGAUGAGGUGUUCCUGCUCGACUUGCCACGGCUCCUUGAGCAAGCUGAGGUGGAGGGUGAAAAGGAGAAGCUUCCCCAUUUCAUCCAGAUGCUCUAUUCAGAUGCGGCCAUUACUAAACUAGGUUAUGGGAUGUCUGGAGACCUUAGCAGCCUUGCAGCCACAUGGUCUGCUUUGAAAGACAUGAACAAGCAAGCACAAAAUGUGGUGGACCUACUCACAGUAGACAAACAACUGCAGAAGAGCUCCAUUGACUGGAAGAAGGGCGGCCAGAAGGUCGAUGUACUGUCCCCAGAGCAGCACUGUGAGGAUAGAGAGUUCAAGCAGCCAGAGAAAGGACUCAGCCUCUUGGUGCAACAUGUGCUGGGGAAACCUCUAGAUAAAACAGAGCAGCUGUCUAACUGGGAGAAACGGCCUCUCCGGGAGGAACAGAUCCUUUAUGCAGCUUCAGAUGCGUACUGUUUGCUGGAGAUUUAUGAGAAACUCUGUAAGGAUCCAGCGAGCUUUGGUCUGAGUUCAGACCUGACUGGGAGUCUGGUGGGAAAACCGAGCGUAAAACUCAGGGCAAAGAAGCAGCUGAAUAAACAAGAAGUACCAUCACCUUCUGGACAGCAAUGCAAAGGAUCCAAAAAGGAGCCCUCAUGUCCCCCUGCUCCCAUCUCCCCAAAGGAAUUCAGCGUGGUCUGUGAUAACAUGCUGCAGGGCCUCGGGCGUUAUCUUCGCUGCCUUGGUGUAGAUGUCCAGAUGCUGGAGAAUGACGAUGACCACAGGAGAGCUGCUGAGAUUGCCCGGCAGGAAGGAAGAGUCAUUUUAACCUCUGGACUCCCAUAUCAGACUCUGCAGUCCCAGGUAGCAGAAGGAAAGUGUUUCUCCGUGAACUGCUCAGAAAAGGCAAAAGAACAGGCCCUGCAGGUUCUGAAGCACUUCAACGUUCAAGUAUCCCUGGCGGAUAUCUUCAGCCGCUGCCAGGUCUGGGGCUGCUGCCCACCCCGGGGCCACGUGUGCUUGCUCAGACACUGCUGUACAUCUCCCAUGCUGGACCCAAGUGUGCUGGACGUGUGGAGCUGGGGAGGAGCUCUGGGGAGCCAAGCCGGGCUGAAGGCACUGGACCAACCCUCCUGGCUGCUCCUCUCUCACAGCUGCAGCAAGUUUGACAGUGCUCUGCCUGCCCCUCCCUGGAGAGCACCAACCUCUUCAGGACCUGUGGGAUUCAGUUGGCACUGGGAAGCCCAAGGACAACAGCCAGGGGGACCAAGGUCCCGACUCAGCUCUGCACCUCUCCUCUGCACCAGCUCUCCCUCCUCCUGCCUUGUCCGCUCUGGCUGCUGGGGAAGGAUCACUUCUCACCUUGCACAAAACUUAAUGCCUAUGGUCUUGGCUCGAUUUGUGGCUCAAAAGUACUUUUGAACUAUGGACAAGAGGUUAUAACUCACCCAUGUGCUCAUCUCCAGUACAUGGACACAUGUGCAGAGGUGCUGCUACAGUCUGUGCUGGCACGGUGGACAAGCUUUGCCCUCACUGCCGCGAGUGCCGAGGCACCUGUCAGGCAACAAACUAAACCUGCCUGUGUGUUUCCCAUCCUGCCUGCUGGACACCAAAAGUGAACCAAAAGUUUUUUGAAACCAACCCAGAAAUGCACUGGGAGACAGCCCGUGUUUAUCAUGCUUCUGCUUCCCCCUGAAUUCCAGUCCUCUGACAUGUUUAGAUCAAACCUGAUGACCCAAAUCUGACUUCAGCAACUGUGAAGGAAAGUGACCUUCUUGAAAAGAGCAGCCCAGGAGAGCGGCCGCGUGUGCUUCAGGCCACCGCAGGCCGCUGCACCCGGCCGCACUGCGGAAAGUAGCAGCCAGGCAGCACCGAAAUGUUUCACUGGUUUUAAUUUAAUUACUUUGCAAAACAGAAUGUAGCACCGAUGACACCUUCACAGCAUCCUAGGACAGCGCAACAACCCUGGAAGCUGUCGCCAGUGGUCUGUGCAAAACCACAGUGGGCUUGGGCCAGGAUCUAAUAAACAUGUAUGUGCAAUGCAAAAACCACCUGCCUCUACAUAACGGGACUUACUGACAGAGCUGGGGGAGCUGAGGGUCACCUGCCCCUCACCAGAGCGCCUGGAAUGGGCCAGCUGCUUGUUGGAGGACCUGGAAAA